CUCUGAAAAUCUCCCUGUAAGAGACACACAUAUAUUAGUUGUUUGAGCACUUGAUCUUCUAAAAGAAGGUCAUCAUUGGAGCGGAAAAGAAAGUGGAAGUAAUAGAAAUGCAAGCCAAGGGAAGAGAGAGAAGCUUGAGCGAGAAAGACGAAGAACUGUCGUUGUUCUUCGAGAUGCGGAGGAGAGAAAAAGAGAAUGAAUCCAAUAACAAUCUUCUUCUUAGCUCUGAAGAGCUUCCUCCUCCUCAAGAAACAAACAAUAACGAGAAUUCGCCGAUUUCGAGGAGUGCACCGUCUUUGCCAUUGCAGCGAAAGAGCCGUGUUGAUGAGUUCUUGAAUUCGGAAAAUGAGAAAUCUGAUUACGAUUGGCUUCUUACACCACCUGGUACCCCACUGUUUAAUUUGGAGAUGGAAUCACGGACAACUGCGACGAGUCAACAAGAGUUUCCAACAACUCGUCCGAUUGCAUUGAGGUCAAGGCCGGCAAAUAUCCAGGUAGAGCCCGCUUCAAGGAGAACUACAGCAUCUAAAAAUCUGACUUUAAAUUCGGAACUGAAGUCUUCGACUACUAUUGGAAACAGAAGGCCCUCAUCAUCUGAGGGCCAUAAACCUGUGACCCGUAGAUCUGCGACUCCAACUGCUCGGCCUACAUUACCUUCAACAACCAAACCCUCAAGAUCCUCCACACCAAGUUUACGGCCCUCCUUACCUUCCAUUAAGCAUGUGGUUCCUCCAAUGAGGUCUUCAACUCCAACUAGGUCCUCUGCUCGGUCUUCAACGCCAACUGCAAGACCCUCCGUACCAGCUGCCAAGUCAGCAACAAGAUCAGCAACUCCUACGCGUCAAACAUCAACCCCAUUGAGUGCACAUGGCGUCUCUGCUCCAGCCGGGCGAGCUUCUUCAGCAUCUAAAAUACGUCCCGCAAAUACAAACAGUUCAGCACCAUCACGUGGCCCUUCCCCAACUGUAAAAUCUAGGCCAUGGAAACCCUCUGAGAUGCCUGGUUUCUCUCUUGAUGUUCCUGCUAAUUUGAGGACUACAUUAACUGAAAGGCCAGCUUCUGCAUCUAGGGGACGGCCUGUGGUGCCUAGUGUUAAAUCAUCUUCUACUGCGACUGGCUCCAGUGGAAAACUGAGACAGCAAUCAUGUUCUCCAUCUAGGGCACGGGCUUUGAAAAGCAGCGUCACUAGUACCGGGAACUCAAAUCGAGCUAUGAGUAAAUCGCGCUGCAACGACAUUGAUGAAGUUAGUCCUGUUGUUAUUGGAACACAAAUGGUUGAAAGAGUCGUAAACAUGAGGAAACUGGCACCACCAAAACGAGAAGAUGAUCACUCCAAUAAUAAUUCAGCUGGGAAGUCGUUGUUCUCUGAUAGCUUGGGUUUCGGAAGAACACUCUCAAAGAAGUCUCUUGAUAUGGCUUUAAGACACAUGGACAUAAGGCGAAGCAUGCAAGGUAAUCUACGACCAGUGGUGACAAGUAUUCCAGUUUCUUCUAUGUAUAGUAUCAGAUCAGGCGGGACGAAAAACAGGGCGACUAGCAAUUCAGACUCUCCUCUUGCUACAAGCAGCAAUGCUAGCUCGGAACCAAGUGUCAACAAUGCAUUUACUUGUUUAGAUGGGAGCGAUGCUGAAGUUAAUGAUGCCCGAAGCGCGCAAGGAAAUUGAUCUGCUAGCCAGCAAGGUAGGUAAACCUCAAGAAGAUGCUCAUCACUCAAUAUUCCUGCCAUCAAACAAUCGGAUGCCGCGACCAUUCAAAAAGAUCUUAUGUUGGAAAGGAAGUUAUUUCCGUUUAUGAUUUAUCAGAAAGUUCACAGGUUUGUGUAAUGUAUUUUGAUCAUGUUUCUGUUGUGGCAGUGGAAACAACAGUCACAUACUUGAUUUGAACUGUUCUUUAGCAACGACCUGUGCAACUAUUUCAUUGUUGGAAGUUGAAGAGCUCCUUCAGCUUAUUAAUUUUUGGGAGUCA